GUGUGUGGAACGGCAUUGGUCCAGCCGUCGUCCUUUCAACCGUCUUCAAGCCAUCAGCCUUUCUGUUAGUCAAGAUGAGUGAUAAGCCAGAUUUGUCUGAAGUGGAGAAGUUCGACAGAUCAAAAUUGAAGAAAACUAAUACUAAAGAAAAAAAUACUCUUCCCUCAAAGGAAACUAUCCAGCAGGAGAAAGAGUGUGUUCAAACUUCGUAAGAUGGGAAUCUCCUCCCAAGAGCAGUUUUCAGCAAUGCUUGAGUGUCACGGUUUUGGGCUUGUUUUUUGUUUGUAAACCUAUGAGCUUGUAGAGGUUUUAGGCACCUUCUGAUACU